ACAUAACCCUCGUCCGAAGCUCUUAGAUAACAAUGGCGAAAUUACGAAAAUGUUAAUCAUUAUGCCAACAACUUUUUCUGCAAACCGUAUACUUUGUGCAAUUUUUUUCAUUAGUCCUGUGAUUUACUACCUUAUUAGUUAAUUAAGUUUCUUAGUUUUCUACGUGUUUCGUGCCCCUUUCAAUUUGUGCUUCUUUUCUUUUAUGUGUGCCUCCUAGCAAUCUAUUCAAGAUGACACAGGAAGUUGUCUUUUGUUCACAUGAAGAUUCGCAUGUAGUCAUGUCUGAAAAAGUUCAGUCUUUAGCUGGAAGUAUAUACCAAGAAUUUGAAAGAAUGAUUGGCAAAUAUGAUGAGGAAGUUGUCAAAAAUUUAAUGCCGCUAGUGGUCAACGUUCUGGAAUGUCUCGACCUAGCCUACAUGGAGAAUCAAGAGCACGAAGUAGAGCUUGAGCUUUUGAGGGAAGAUAAUGAACAACUCAUAACACAGUAUGAAAGGGAAAAACAGCUGCGGAAAUCUGUUGAACAGAAACUCCUGGAAAUGGAAGAUUCAAUAGAAGAUGAACGCAAAACUCACAGUAACAAAGUUGAAAGUCUAGAGUCAAUAGUUAGGAUGUUUGAAUUAAAGAAUAGGAACUCAUCUGACCAUGUCAGCAGGUUAGAAGAGAAGGAGCAAGAAAUGAAGAAGGAAUACACAAAACUUCAUGAAAGGUACACUGAACUAUUCAAAACCCACAUGGAUCACAUAGAACGCACCAAGCUUGUAAUCAGUUCAACAGAUAAAGCAGAUGCUGGAAAACAACGUGUUCCAUCAAUUUUUGGUCAAUCAAACAGAUCCUCUGGUCCAGUCUCAUUUGGUUUUAGUUCCUUAGAGCCUGUAACCCAUGCACCUGUCUCAGGGAGCCCUGUGGAACAAUCAGUUUUAUCCAACUCUCCUCAAGAUAGUUGUCUCUUGACAACAGAUGUCACUUCCAAUCAAGAUGCUCAAUCAGCUCAGGAAUUGUCAGAAGCAACAGCAAAUGACAAAAUUGGCUGGUCAGAAACAAUGAGUAUGGCCAGCAAAGACAACAGUCAAGAUGAAAUAUCAGAAGACUCGCCCCCUCCAACUAAAACUCCCUCAACACCAGGCGGACGCACCACAACACAGAGUGAAAAGAGAGUUGGUAAUACUCUGUACCAAGAACUUAGUUUUCAAGAUGCAGAAAUACUGAAAGAAGUUGAUGAUGGUGCUGACAUACCUGAAGAAUUUGAAAGCGAGAGUGAAACUCAACCAUCAUCAGUGAAUGAUGCUUUCUUCGGAAUGGGAAAAGAAAUAGAGAAUUUGAUAACAGAGAAUAAUGAACUCCUCGCAACGAAAAACGCACUCAACAUAGUCAAAGAUGAUCUCAUUGCCAAAGUGGAUGAGCUUACCAGUGAACAGGAAAUUCUGCGUGAAACUGUCAAGUCCCUUACUACAGAGAAAUCAAAACUGAAACGUAAAGUUAGUCAAUUAGAAGAUGAACUCAGGAAAGUUAGAGAAGAAGCAGAACGGCUAGCAAACGCUAAUAAAGCAGAAGAUGAUGAGGAUGUACCAAUGGCUCAACGGAAAAGAUUCACUAGGGUUGAGAUGGCGCGAGUACUUACAGAAAGAAAUCAGUUUAAGGAGAAAUAUAUGGAACUACAGGAGGCAAUGAAAUGGUCUGAGUUAGUGCGUGCAAGCAAAAAUACCUCUGGUCAAAUGGAUAAGAAAAAUAAACAGUCUAUAUGGAAAUUCUUUGGUGGACUGUUCAGCCCCACCUCGGAGGAACCUCCCAGCCUUAAAUCUCCGCAAGCAUCCCCAAGUAUAUCCUCCCCGCCAGCGCAUCAUUCAACCCCUCUCACCGUGGACUCAUUUAGGAAAAAACAGAUCCAAGAUAGGAAGCGUGGACUGGAUUUCCUGGAACUCAGUUCAACGUGCAGUGACAAAGCAGCUUCAAGACGUGCUAGUGAACGCAAGGAACAAUUCCGGCAGGUUCGUGCUCACGUUUCCAAGGAAGACGGCCGGUUGCAAGUCUAUGGAUGGAGUCUUCCGGCAAAACAGUCAGUCAACCCUCAAGUCACCCCCUCAUCAACAUCCUCUAAUCCCCCGCAAGUACCUGUUCCUGUCCCAGUCUACUGUCGGCCACUGGAAGAAAAAGAACCAGGAGUCAAAAUCUGGUGUGCAACCGGUGUUGAUUUCAUCAAUGAUACAAAUUUAAAGAGUUUCAAAAGUGCAAUAGUUCGUGAUAUGAACAAUGGUAUUUCAAGUCCUUCAGAGAAUGAGCCAAGCUCACCUGAUUCAACCUCUGUCUCGCGUUCCGAUAAUUUUAAGGACGCGGAAAGUCCUCCGAAAGUAAGUGGCGUUAAGGACAAUCCUCUAUCAUCAUUAGUCUGGAUCUGUACGAGUACACACUCUAUCAGCAAGGUGACAAUAUUUGACGCUAACAAUCCAGCUGAAAUCUUAGAAUCAUUCAAUGUGUGUCCAUCCCACUUAUUGUGCUCAGCCUCCAUUCCAGGAGCCUCCGAUAGUGCAUACGAUGACAUUGCAGAUCAGUCACCAAGAGUCACUGAAAGCGCCAACAUGUCAGAGAGUGAAAGCACAGAUAUCAAAACACCUGAAAUCGGAACAGUUAUCUUCAUGAAAGAAGCUCAGCAAGUUGAAAGUAAAGAAGCUGUAUCACUAGAAGCUCAAGUAAGUUUGCAGCAGAAUGCAGAAAAUCUGUCAUCAAUGCAGCAAACCAUCUGGCUUGGUUCUAAAAGUGGGUGCAUUUUCAUUCAUUCAGCAGUCUCUAAUUGGAAACAGUGUCUCGAUGCAGUUCGACUGAAAGAUUCUGUGCUACACAUUUUGCAUGCCAACAAUCGAGUCUUCUGUGCUCUUGCUGAUGGAACAGUGGCUGUUUUCAGGAGAAAUCGCAGUGGUAAAUGGAAUUUGAACGAAUAUUUCUUGCUGGUGCUAGGUCCACCUCAGCACUCCGUCAGAUGCCUGUUAAAUGUUAAUGGUUUUGUUUGGGCUGCAAGCAAAAACGUGGUCCAUAUUAUUGACCCGGUUACUCUAGUCAUAACGAAUUCGUUCGUUGCUCAUCCAAGAAAAGAUAGUCAGAUUCGCCAAAUGGUGUGGAAAGGGAAUGGGGUUUGGAUUUCAAUUCGAUUGGACUCAACUCUGCGCCUUUACCAUGCACAAACUUUAGAACAUCUACAAGAUGUUGACAUAGAACCUUACGUAAAUAAAAUGUUAGGUACUAGCAAACUAGGAUUUUCAUUAGUCAGAAUAACUGCAUUGCUUGUGAGUUGUCAAAGAUUGUGGAUAGGUACUGGAAAUGGUGUCAUCAUUUCUGUCCCUCUCAGCAAUGAAAUUACUGGUGAUGUGUCAUCUUGUAGUGAAGUAGACGAUACAACAACAAUGAGCGUUGAUUCUACUUGUCCAACAUCAAAUUCUUCCUUUAUACCCUACUGCAACAUGGCGCAAGCCCAGUUAUCAUUUCACGGUCAUCGCGAUGCUGUGAAAUUUUUCGUCGCAGUACCUGGUCUCGGAAGUUGCAACACCAAAUCUAGCUCAGAAGACAGCAAGCUGCCUUUCGAUUCCGCUUUGUGUUCUAGCGGUCACUCAUCUGUUCUCAUUUUAUCUGGAGGAGAGGGCUAUAUUGAUUUCAGAAUUGGUGAAUCAACAGAUAGCUCUGAAGAGAAGCUAAUGGCAGAAAAAGAGGCAGGUCCUCUCAGCCGGCAGGAGCAAAGUCAUUUGAUAGUCUGGCAGAUGUUUUCGGAAAGUUAAAUGUUUCCUGUACCAGAGGCCCCAGUUUUAAGUGCGGUAGAGAAUGCAAAUUAGCCAAACCGUCCCGGUAAAUAAUUUUGCGAAGCUCUUACCAACCACAUUCGUUAUCUGUGAUUUUAUUUAGGUUUCUUCCAUUGUUUAUUUGUUAACUUAUUUACAAAACUAUUUAUCUAUCUUUGGAUUUCUUAAGACUUUAUACUGCGUAUUAUUAUUUUAAUUUAAUUUGUCUCUAUGUCUGUAUCAUGGAAGUUACUCAAAAAAGUGGUUAGCGCAUUAACUGCCACAACAUUUUGCAGCUAUGUAUGUUUUUGGAUGUUGCCUUGAGCUCUGGUCAUCUUGCUAGACAUGAAGCUUCAACUGAUUUUAAAAUUAUUUGACGGUAAAUUCUUUGGUUGAUGCUGCACAAGUCAAGCAAAUACUCAGAAUCAGCUACUUUGUCUUCUCAUGAUGUCAAAAUGACUAACGCUGCUUUUGCGGAAGUAUUAAGUGAAAACAACCAUUGUAGAAGUUGCAUUUAGACCGCGCAUCAUAAAAACAUAGAUGUGAAAUGGUUAAAUGAAAAAUCAACACGUAAAGUGAAUUUAUGAGUGGAGGAAUAGUGUUGCUCUCUCAGCAGAGAGUAAUUCUGCACAUCUUUCCAUCUGAAUCUCAUAGAAAACCAUCAAGUUUUCUGAAACUAAAAGUACGCCCUGUAACCGUGAAAGUAUUAAUUCUUUAAUUUAUUUUUAAAUUAUAUAAUUAACUUAUGAAUUGUUAAUUUUUCAAAUGCCACUUUGCUUGGUUCAACUUAUCUAUUGAAGAUUGCUUAACUUAAUUAAACAAAUUUUUUGGAUAGAUUUGACUUGAAGUUUUUGUCUUAUUUUUAGUUUUGUUGAAUUAAUAAAUCAAAAGUGUUACAAAAAUUGGAAUGAAUAAAGAUACAAAUUUAGCUGCCAA